CAACCCGGUAGUAGGCUAAAUAUCGUUGUAAAAAUAGAGUCAAUAACUAUUUAUUAAUUUACAUGUUAGCCGCAUUAAUUUUUAAGAUAAUAGAGGAACCUAAAUGCUGCCAUUAGAGAUAAAUGUUCUGUACGAGUACCAUAGAACGGCCUCUGCAGACAAUGUCUCAAGAGCAGAUACGGAAAAUCGUAAUGAUUACUGCAUUGAAUGUGACAACUGCGGUCAACUGGACUCUUGUGUAAACUGUAGUUACUGUGGUAAACCUUUCUGCAUCUCCUCGUGCCGCAUACCUCAUGAAACCACUUGCAGUAGAAGAUCCAGGCUUGAGGCAGAAAUUACAUUGAACCGGAUUGUAUCUAGGGACUCAUUAGAAAUUUCCAACGCAAAUAAUGUUCACUCGUUACAAGUUCCUGAGUGUAAUGAAAAGGACUGUCUUGAUUAUCUGUUGGUGACUAAUGGCAACUACUGUAAUCCAGUUUUGAGGUAUAGUCUAUGCAUCUUAGCAAUAUCCAUGGUGAUUCUGGGUUUUGCUACAGGAAUAUGGAGUGUGACUGAGGGAAGCAUAAAUGUUCAGAUUAGUGCAUGUUUGUCGAUGGUGAAGAGUCUAAUUCAACUUGGACUAAUAUUCUGGUUGACAUGUGUACAUACCGGAAAUGCUAUCAACGCCCGGAAAACUGUUUAUGGAUCACUGCCUAUGCUGUUAAUUGUAAUGUUUACAGUUAUUGAGAUGAUAUUUGUCAAUACCCCGGACGAAGACCUACUAACAUCCGGUCUGUUUCUUCGAAUUUUCGUAAUCAUAGACUGUGUAUAUGGUGCCGCUAUUGUGGUUAUUGUACUGAUGCUGGUGGCCAGAUGGUCCAGGAAAAAGAGAGGAGUGUAUGACUUCAAUGCUGAAAUAACCGGAUACAGAAGAAUGGCAGUCUUUUCAACAGGAAUAAAUAGCACAAGUUUAGAAAUGUGAAAACAUUCAGCUGAAUCGUUAUAUGGUUAAUUUGUUUUAGUCUAAUAAUACUGUAUAUAUGUGACUAGUUUCAGAUUUUAUAACAGUAUCUUACUCGAAAAUUCUCAUAUCCAUUUGAAAUCGUGUAAGCUAUUAGUUUUUUUUUUUUUUUUUUUUUUUUUUUUUUUUUUUUUCGUGACUUGAAUAUCCAACUUCUUGAGUCUAACUGCAGAACAACCUUCAGAUUAUUGCACAUAAUGGUCAGUCGAAAUCACGAUCAAAAGACAAAGGUUAUAACAGAUGAUCCUGUAAACUUCAUACUGGAUAAUUCUUAAUUUCAUUAUAUUACAGACUUGUUUUAGAACUACGGAAGGAAAUUAAAGUAAAGUUUUUAUUUAAAUUCUAUAUCAUUAUUGUUCAUUAUUAUUAUUAUUAUUAUAAUUACUAUACCAUAUUUGUA